AGCGCCCCGCCACCCGCGCUGGGCGGGCCCGGCGGCCGGGGGCGGAGCCGCGGCAGGGGCGGGGCUCGCCGGUGCCGGUGCCGGUGCCCGCGGUGCCGCUCGCUCCCGGAAUGGAGCCCCCGACCGGCACCGAGAGCGCCCGCCUGGUCAGCCCGCGGGGCGGCCGCGCCGACGGCAGCCUGCGCCUCAAGAGGUACCGCCGGCACCGGCUGCCAUCGCCCCGGCAUCCCAUCGCCCCGCAUCCCAUCGCCCCGGCACCCAUCACCGGCAUCCCAUCACCGGCACCCAUCGCCCCGGCACCCAUCACCGGCAUCCCAUCACCGGCAUCCCAUCGCCCCGGCACCCAUCACCGGCACCCAUCACCGGCAUCCCAUCGCCCCGGCACCCAUCGCCCCGGCACCCUUUACCGGCACCCAUCGCCCCGGCACCUACCACCGCCAGCGCAACUCCAUCACCAGCGCCUCCGGCACCGACGGCACUCCGGUCACCACCGGCACUUCCAUCAGCACCAGCACACCAUCGUCCCGACAACCCCAUUACCGGCGCUAGCACCUCCAUCACCGGCACCCCCAUCACCCUGGCACCACCACCCGCGGCACCCCAUCACCUCCCAGGCUCCGCGGCAAUUCCCCGCACCGUCACCUCCAUUAUCUCCCGCAUCUGCGACCCUCGGUCCUCCCGCACCCUCUCGCCCAUCACCUCCAUCGCCCGCAUCGCCCUCGGCUCCUCCGGCACCCGCAAGCCCCCGGCACGUCGCGCUCCGCGCAGCUCCCACCCCCACCCGCGACACCGGCACGUCCGUCCCCGCCCGCCCCCGUGCCUUCAUCCAUCCGAGCGGACACCGGCACCUCCGCAGUCCCCGCGCCAGCCCUGACCGUCCGCCGCUUGCGCCGCCACCCCGCCACCGGCACCUCCGCUCAAGCGGAACCGGCCCCACCGUGCGCCAGCCUCGCUCCCCCCUCGGGUGUCCGUCCCGCACCCAUCGGCGCCCAAACGUCACCCACGCACACCGGUACCAUCCAUCCAUCACCCGCCCACACCGGUGCCGUUCGCCCGUUAGCCCCCGUCCCGGCGAGCUGCCCGUCCCCGCUCCCGCACUGCUGCCCCACGCACCGGGACCCCGGCCCCCGCCGCCCCUUCCCCACCCGCACGUCUCCGCACCGCUGGCCCGUCCCGCAGCGCGGCCGCGGGCGCAACACCUCGCUCCCACCCGCACCUCCCCGCGGUACCCGCGCCAGUCCCGUCCUCGGUUCCGGCGGGAACUCCGUGCCACCGCCUCCCGCUGCUGCCGCCGGUCUCGCGGCUGCUCGUCCCGCUGGGGGGGGUUCCGCCGGUGCCCCACCGGCUGCCUGGCCGCAUCCCGGCGGGCGGCAGCAGGACCCUCGGCGGGUCUGGCGGGAGCAGCCGCGCCGGUGCUGCCGGCAGUGACCCCCGCCCCCAGUCUCUUCACAGGCUCUCCGGACCCCUCAGCGGCCCCCCCGGCUCCAGAUGCCCGCUGCCGCUGCAGCCCCCCGGCCCCCAGCGCCGGGCAGGGCAGGCUCCAGGCCCGCCGGCAGCUGAGCGUCGCCUGCGCCGUCUGCUGCCUCUUCAUGGUCGGGGAGGUGAUAGGUGGCUACCUGGCACACAGCCUGGCCGUCAUGACGGACGCAGCGCACCUGCUGACAGACGUGGGCAGCAUGUCCGUCAGCCUCUUCUCCCUCUGGGUCUCCAGCCGCCCGCCCACCAAGACCAUGACCUUCGGCUGGCACCGCUCAGAGACACUGGGUGCACUGGCUUCUGUCCUCUCCAUCUGGGUUGUGACCGCGGCCCUGGUCUACCUGGCGGCCGCCCGCAUCAUCAGCAACGACUACGAGAUCGAGGCGCGAGCCAUGCUGGCCACGUCCGCCUGUGCCGUUGGGGUCAAUCUGGUCAUGGCCUACAUCCUGCACCAGUCGCCUGCCGGCCAUGGCCAUGGCUCAGGGGCCUACGAGCGGCUGGAGGGCUCCGUGGGCUGCCAGCCCGGCCGCAGCCCCCUGCCCGGCAGCACCAGCGUGCGGGCAGCCUUCGUGCACGUGGUGGGUGAUCUGCUGCAGAGCGUCAGCGUCCUCGUGGCUGCCACCAUCAUCUACUUCAAGCCCCAGUGCAAGAUCGCAGACCCCAUCAGCACCCUCUUCUUCUCGGUCUUUGUCCUUGGCUCCACCAUCACGAUCCUCAGAGACGUCCUCAGGGUCCUCAUGGAAGGGACUCCGCGGGGGCUGGAGUUCGAUGCGGUGAAGGAGGCGCUGCUGGGGGCCCGCGGGGUGCGGGGUGUCCACGAGCUGCACCUCUGGGCGCUGACGCUGAGCCACGCCGCCGUGUCGGUGCACGUGGCUGUGGACGCCGGUGCUGACACGGAGAUGGUGCUGCAGGAGGUGACUGCCCGGCUCCAGAGCAGGUUUGGCUUUGCCUUGUGCACGGUGCAGGUGGAGCAGCACCAGGAGGAGUCAGCAGGCUGUCCCCACUGCCAGGACCCCCAAACCUGAGACCCCCACCCACUGCUACGUUGGGCCAGACGUGGCCCUGGCCCCAGCCCCUUGUGCUAGAGCAGGGCAGUGCUUGAGAUCCCAUCCCUCCUCCACCCACCCCACUCUGCAGAGCCCUGGGCUGGGACAGUGACUCCAGUGCGGCGUCCUGGUGUCCUGGGGGGACGGACACGUGGCCUGGCCUGUGCAGCACAGGGGCUCCCUGGAAUCCUCCACUCCCUGCUGUGCCACAGCUCCCGAGGAGGCGGAAUCCUGCCCCACCACCCCAGGGAGCCUGUCUGUCCUGGCAGGAGGGGACAUGCCCCAUGGGGGACCUCAGACCUGGCCUUGGCCCCAGCCCCCCACGCUGCUGCCUGGGCUCCGUCUGAAUCCUCCUGUGCCUGGCCGUGACUCGCUCCCUCUGUUCAGUCGUGCCUGUGCCCCUGGUGUCCAUCUGUCCAUCUGUGCCAGCAGCGGUGCCAGCGCUGCCAAUAAACGUG